AGUGAACUUUGGAAACUUUAUAGAAUAUGUAAAAUGAAUGACUUAGGCUUGUUUUAAUCAUACAAAGUCCACAAUAUCUGUUAUUGUUAUCGGUGAUUCUGCCGGCGUCUAAACUUUGUUCAAUAUAUCUAGAUAUAUAAAACUUUAAACCGAAAAUAUAUUACAUUUACAUAGAAAUUCGUGCUAGGACUUUUUAAAAUGUCAUUUUAGCAUAAUUUUAGUACAUUAAAUCAUUUUUAUUUUUUUGUCAUUUAUUUGCCAGAGUAUCUCUUUAAAAUAAGUCACCCAAUUUCAAAUGUACAUCAACAGGGUAGCACAAAAAGGAUAACACCCAUAUUUUACAUGUAUCCUCUUGAGGUUAUCUUUUAACGAGUACGACCUUCCGUUAUUUAGAUUUUGUAGCAUGAAAACCACCCUUCGUGUCUGAACUUAUAGACUUGCCCGCCACAAUUCAACAUAGCAUUUUACUCUCUCGUAAACAUAAAUUCACAUAGAAAUUAUCACGAGAAACCAUAAGCAUUAUGUAAAAUGUUGAUUGAGCACAAGGCGUGUUUCUUUGUUCCGAAAGCGCGUUUUGUUUCGUAAUGUAUCUAUUGAUAUAGUAAAUUACACAAUAGACAUAUUUGUAAAUACUAUCUCUAUAUAACAACAAUAAAAAGCCCAUCACCCAAUACCAAACUAUUCAGAUAUGAACAAGGAAGAACGAUUUAAUCAUUACGACAAAUAAAUGUAAAACUUCGUGAACUUAAUAAACAAUCGAUAUCGAUAACAAAUAAAAAAUAGUUAUCUUAUUGUGAUAUUUAGUUUAAGUUUCCAGGAUUUUUAAAUUCCAAUUUCAACACCGAUGUCAAAUUUGUCUCGGGUAUAAAAUGAGUUCGGAGAUCAGCACUCAGUUGCCAAGCCCUUACGACGUAAAUAACGACAAGGAGUUGUGCCCUGUUUGUCGUGAAAGCGAAAUACAAACCAGGUUUCUUCCAUGUAUUCACGUGAUAUGUGAACCAUGUCUUCAAGACUUGAUCAAAUGUUCAGAGGGAAACACUUUCAAAUGUCCCUUGUGUCGAAAAGAGUACUACGUUGAUACCUUAGCACCAGUGAAAAUUCGACAAUACGGAGAGCAAAAUAAUCUCUAUGCGGAAACAUUUUUCUCAAGUCAAGGGAAUUUAACAACUAUUUCAGAAAGAGUCCAAAACGCAGAUAGAGAUAGACGGUUGGCUGACCGGGUGAUCAGGGGCUAUGACCCAAGAAUCAAUCAGAGACGGCACACACAUGCCGUAUCUUCUAACGAAUCAGAAUGUGCCCGCUGUGUUUGUAAACCGUGUAUACAAGUCGUUGGAUUUGUUUGUAUGUUACAUUUAAUCUUAGUUGCCAUCGUCAGAUUUAUUUUAGGUAUGUUUAUGGUGUUUACCAUAGGCACAUGGAACGGUGUUGCCAUUUUUGAAAUAGUUAAAGGCGCAACAGAUUUUAUUUUUGCAAUAACACUGUGUCUAGAGGGGAGUUGUCGUUAUCUUAAACAUCUUUCCUUGGUUUUGGUACUGGCUUCAGUUAUAGUGACGGGUUUUGGUACGUAUGCUAUAUUGACAGAUGAUUUUAACGGAACAUUUAUCGCAUGGUAUACAAUAAUGGACUGGUUGGUAAUAUUCUGCAUUAUUUUGUACAUAUGUGUGUGUUUCUUUAUCAAACAAAAUUGACCUUCUCCAAAUAUUUGAAAUUUGUCGAUAUUGUUUAUUAUAUGUAGAUGUCUUGCAUUGUUCGUUAGUUUGCAUCUCUGUGUCCUCAUAUGCCUUAGUCUCUAGGAAUAAAAUAAAAUAUCUACUGUUAAAAGCGACUUAUGGCCUUGAUUUGAAUAAUUUACAAAACAUGUCUGUAUUACGUGUUGAAAAAUAGGGUAAAAAAGAAACAAGACAUUAUUUAUACAUUGCACUAAUUAAGUGAUUAUGAGUACAUAUUGAAAUGAUAUAUCUAUAAUAUUGUGUUUAUCAGACUUACUAAGUGAUGAACCAUCAAAAUGACUAAUGUGAUUGAUCAUAAUAAAAGACUUUUACCGUGGAAAGUUUGUCAUUUGAUAUGACUUACACUGCAUUCAGGACAUUUAAUUGUCAAGUUGAAAGUCAUCUGAAGCUGCAGUUUUUGUGAAAAUGAUUAUGAAUAUUCAACAUGCUGUUAACAAACGUUUUUAUUUUUCAUGUUUGGAGUUUAACUUUUAAACAUACUAGUAUUAUCAGAUAUUUAUUAAAACAGGUAAUGAUCCAAAUUAUCUGCUUUCCCCGAAAAUAGCGUUAACGUUCCAUAUAUGUUCAGCGAAUAAUAAAGAAAAAGAG